CUCCAUAUGACGCGCGAUCGUCAUUCCUUUUGAAACCGUUCUCUUGGAAACAACGCGGCUUACGGUUGUUUUGCACUAAAGCGGUGUUCGCACAACCAAUGUGGGUUGUUGUUUUUGUAGAAUAUAUAUUUCUAAGAUCGGUUCCUUAUACUCUCAUCGGAAAAGUAGAAGUGGCCACACUCUCACUAAUACUCUGCCACAUUGAUGGUUGUAAUGACUUAACAAACACACACACAUACACUCGGGCGAACCUGCAAACAUUUAACCAAACACACACACACAAUACUUGGAAGAAACGCAACGGAACUGUUAACAAGUGAAGAAGACGGUAGAAAAAAUCCAGCAACAACAACAAUGAGACACCAACUAACCGUGUUUAUUGUGCGGUGCACCGUGUGUGAAUAGACAGACACUAGAUCCGUUCGUUUAGUAAGAGAUGAACCGUCAUAGAGGAUACACGCGUUUUUCUUUUACCACAUUGAAAAAGAUUCUGAAAAUAAAAAAAUUCUAAAAGAAGAACAAAAAGAAAAGAAGUGGUCUCAUGAGAGAGAGAAGAAAUAUUAAAAAGUUCUAAAUUAAAAAAAUGGAAAAAUAAAAUAUUUUAAGAAAAUAAUUCAAACCAAUAAGAAUUUAAAAAAAAAAUACAAUUUUCAAAAAGAGAAAUAAAACUAAAAAAUGUGCAAAUUAUGUUUUAUCCAAAGCAAACAUUAGUGGAAAAUUUGAAAAACACAAAAUGACAAAACUCAAAAAGAAUUUAAAAUAAAAAAGAAACACAGCAUAGCCAAGCAAAACCAAACCAAGUGUUCACAGUAUUUUAGCAAUCCAACACGCCAAGGAUUAGUGUUAAUUGCUAAAACUGUUGAAAAAAAUUAUUUGAAAAACAAAAAUCCCACCAAGUGUAUAUUGUGAAAAUUAAAAAAAUAAAAACAAUUUCGUAACAAAAAAAAUUCCAACACAAUGCCUAAAAUUUUCCUAAUCAAAAAUCGCUUGCACCAGCAGCAACAACGUCUAUUGGAAUCACAAAAUCUCUUGCAAGACAAGAGCAAUGAAGAUGAUCGUUUGGUACCACCGUUAAGUCCUAAACGCGAUCGCGAACGUCAACGUGAGCGUGAACGUGAACGUUCAUCAUCGCCCCAAUAUCAACCACGUCCCCACCAGCCAUAUCCUCAGCCGGAGGAUUUUACGCGCAACCAUUCAUCCCCGUCAUCGUCGCCUGCACACACGAACAUAGCCUCCACCUCAGAUUCCCUUAAAGCUCUGCACAUACACAGCCAACAGCGGCAACAAGAUGUUGAGGAUACCCACAAGGCCUUUGGCCUGGCCAGGUCUCGUUCCCAAUCGCCCAUCAAGGUUUUAGAUUUACACAAAAAAUCCUCAACAUCCUCGACAAAAGUAACCACCAAAUGUCGAGCGGCCGAGGACUAUGAAGGCGAAGAUGAUGAAGACCAACAACCAUUGAGUUUGGUAUCGUCCCUAACCUAUUUGGGACGUAAACGUUUCCAACAGUAUCAUCGUCACUUGAGGACAGCGGCAGCAGCAACAGCAACAGUUUCGACGACGCCAACGAUUCCUACGACGACGGCGACAUCGGCAAACACAUCACCGGCAGAGUCUACAAUUGAUGAUAAGGAUAAUGUUGCAACGACUGAUAAUGCCAAGGAAGAGAAUAAUGAAGUUGGUCCCAUCACAUCUUUGGCCGAGGGCAAAGAUCGUUUAUCCCCGGAGGUCACCACCACCAACAACUCAAUCACUACCACCACCAUCGCAGAAGAGGCGCAACUCUCACGUACACCAUCACCACCUGCCCAUAGCAACGUUGUGAUUUCGUCCUGCACAUUGUCUCCACCUCCUGCUACAACACCACAUCAACAAGACUGCACCAAUACCACCGAAUUUUUACCCAAAGUUUCAAAUACAAAGUCUGAAGAUCAUCUUCCACAGACAACUGUUGUACAAGCAGCAGUGGAAGAACAAAACGAUUCUCCUAAAUCGGCAUCGCCCAAACAUCGUUACAUUACUUCGUACAACAAAUCGCUUAUUGGCAAUGUUGUUUUGACCCAAGCCCAACGCAAGGAAUAUCCUUUGGAAAUUGUGCAAAAAAUUCAAAGUGAGGUCUUGAGAAAUAAUUCCAUCCCGCCACAACAGCAACCAUCCACGGCAGAUGAUAAUUCCGAUUCGGAUAGUGAUUCAGAUGAUGGUUCAAAAUUGAUUGUUGAUGAAAAACCUUUAGUACCGGAAGAACAACCCUUAUCGUUGAGAGUACGUUCCACACCGCCUCCCGAAGAUCAAAGACCCUCACCACCACCUUGUCCAGAACCGGCAGUAAGGUGUAGUGUUAUACAAAGAACACCCUCGAAUUUGGAAGAAAACCAAAGAAGACGCUCACACGAAGUUCUAUUGCCCUUGUCGAAUUUGGAACAUUUGGGUCCCGAGCAACAGGAACCAAUUGAUUAUCACGUACCACGCAGAAAGGCAACACUUGACAACGACGACGAAGAACAACAAUUGAACGCCAAGCGUUUGGAAAGAGAACGCAAAUUAAGAGAAGCUAGACGCAGAAGCGCUUUGAUUGCUGCGCGCACAAUUUUAGCUCAAGCUAGAGUAAAUCCACGUUUUAUUCGCUCCUUGCCUGGUAUAUUGGCUGCAGCUGCUGGACACGGUCGUACAACAUCAGGUUCGAACAGUGGUAACCAAGGACAAGGUUUUCAGGGUGGUUUCGGCGGUUCCAACGGUUCCGGAUCUCAGCAGCCUUCAAGCGGAGGCGGUUCUCCCACAGGUUUUGGAGGAUCAGGCGGUCUUAGCGGAGGUGCAGGUGGCGGCAUGGGUGGUGGACGCGAUGGUCGUGGUAAUUAUGGCCCCAAUUCACCUCCUUCUGGUGCCUUACCGCCUUUCUAUGAAUCACUGAAAAGUGGCAAUAACAUGAAUGGCUCUUCGACGACCAAUUUUAAUUCUACAGCUUCUUCGAAUUUCUUGCUACAAAAUGCGGCAGCUUAUUUAAUGUCUGCUGCUGGCAAUGGCGGUGGUAGUGGUGGUCAGCAAUAUCCCCUAGGGGGUGGUGACAAUAUGGGUGGUGGUGGCGGCGGUUCGCCUGUCGGUGCCAGCCUCUCUGGAUCUUCAUUGGAUCAAACACCCUCGUCAGCCUCUAGCAUGCUCUUUGCUAAUGGCCACGGUAAUAAUUCUCUUCCUUACAGUUCUUUAGCUCACUGCGCUAAAUAUAACCAACCUUCUUCUCCCUCUUCGAAUUCAUCACCGCAACAUUAUCCUCCACAUCUGCCUUAUGGGCCUAAUCCCUCAGCUUAUGGUAUCAUACUAAAGGAUGAGCCUGACAUUGAGUAUGAUGAGGCCAAAAUUGAUAUUGGAGCCUUUGCUCAAAAUAUCAUACAGGCAACCAUGGGGAAUUCGGGUAAUUUCAAUGCUUCGGCAUAUGAAGAUGCUAUUAUGUCUGAUUUGGCUUCAACGGCUCAAGGACCCAAUGGAACGGUUGAUCCAUUGCAAUUCACUGCCACAUUGAUGCUCUCCUCACAAACGGAUCAUUUGUUGGAACAAUUGUCCGAUGCUGUAGACUUGAGUUCUUUCCUGCAACGUAAUUGUGUUGAUGACGAAAAUUCCACAUCUCCACGACAAGAUUUUGAGCUGGUCUCAACACCUUCGUUAACACCGGAUUCGGUUUCCAUUACUCCAGUGGAUUGUCAUAACUCAACCAAUUCCCAGUUGGAUUCCUUCCAUGAGAAUCUCAUGCAACAGUUGACUAAUAAUAUGGGACGAACUCAACAGACUGCUGGCAACUAUGCUCCCUAUGAGAGACAACAACCACAACAACAACAGCAGCAGCAACAACAGCAUCAUAACAUGCAGCAUCAGCAACAGCCUCCACCUUCUUAUCAACAUGCCACCAGAGAUAUGAUGCAAAUGCCACAGCAACAACAAGGCUAUGGCCAGAAUCAAAACACAAACUCCCAACCACCUUUGAAUAAUCUGUUAAACCAAAAUAAUAUUUUAAUGCAACAGCAACACUAUCAGCAGCAGCAACAACAUGGCAACGGUUAUCAUCAACUUCAACAUCAUCAACAGCAACAACAUCCUUUAUCAUUAAAUCAACAGCCAAACCAGCAGCAUCAUCAUCAGCAACAGCAACAACAACAUUAUCAUCACCAACAUCCACAUGGUGGUCACCCAUCACAACAACACGGUGGUGCAAAUACUGCCUCCAACCAGCACCAUCAUCAUCAUCCGCACCAUCUUCAACAUCAUAGUGAUAACAGCAAUCUAUCACUGCCCUCACCGAAUUCUUCAGCAAACAACUCUGCCACAACAACUGCCAAUGGUCACAUGAUGAUUCCAUCACAAGGCCAUCAUCCAAUGUCAUCGGCAGCCAGCAAUACAUCAUCUGGUUCAGCCUCUGCUCUAUUGGAUACAUCAUUGUUGGACACCAAACCCAUCAUACAAAGUUUGGGCCUACCGCCAGAAGUACAACUGGAAUUUGUCAAUGGCGGUCAUGGCAUCAAAAAUCCCUUGGCCAUUGAAAAUACCCAUGGUCAUCAUCAUCGUAUACGCAGCAUUGAUUGUUUGGAUGACAUGAAAAAACCCCUUAUCACUGAUGCCAGCAUGAACGGUGGAAAUAGUAAUGGCAGCGGCGGUAGCAACAGCGAAAACAGCCAAGAGUCAAAUAAUUUUGUUUGCCGCAUCUGUUUGAAGUCAUUUUCGCUAAAACGUCUGCUAAAUCGUCACAUGAAGUGUCAUUCGGAAAUCAAACGUUACUUGUGCACUUUCUGUGGCAAAGGAUUUAACGAUACAUUUGAUUUGAAACGACACACUCGCACACAUACCGGUGUAAGACCAUACAAAUGUAAUCUGUGUGAAAAGAGUUUUACCCAAAGAUGUUCACUGGAAUCGCACUGUUUGAAGGUGCACAGUGUACAGCAUCAAUAUGCCUAUAAGGAGAGAAGAACUAAGAUGUAUGUUUGUGAGGAAUGUGGUCACACCACCUGUGAACCUGAAGUUCACUACAUCCACUUGAAAGAAAAUCAUCCCUAUUCACCGGCCUUAUUGAAAUUCUAUGACAAGAGACAUUUCAAAUUCAAUAACUCACAAUUUGCCAACAAUUUACUUGGACAACUGCCAAUGCCGGUGCAUAAUUAGUGUGUAAGAUAUCAGCACAUUAUAAUUAAAAUAAGUAAACAAAAUGGUAUACAACAAUUGGAACAACAUGAUGUCUUACAACAACAAAAGAAAAAACACAAAAUUAAAAAAACUGCCUUAAAAAUCAGAGAUUAUUUUUUGAUAUACAUAUUUAAUUUUAAUUUAUCGUUAAACUUUUUUUGAUAAUACUUUUUAUGAUUUUUUGUUUUAACAAAAGAAAUAACUUUUUGAUUUAUAGUUUAACUUUCUAUCACGUCCACGUCGCGGAACAUUUUGCUGAGCAAAUAUGUAAGGAAAAAGAAAUAUUUUUUUUACCAAAUCACAUUUAAAUUAAUUUGAAAAUAUGAAUUGAUUUAUUGCGCAAAGUCAUUCGGUUUAAAUAAUAAGAAGAAAGAUUUUAGUGUGAAAAAGACAAACAAUUUUUAAGUCAACCAUUUCUUUUUAGAUUUAUUAAUUUUGAGAUAUAUAUUUUUUUGAAAAACCCUUGCUUUAAUUUUGAAAACAAACAACACAAUUUGAAGCUUUUAAAGUUUUCCGGUAACACCAAUCAUAAUCAUCAUCACACUCACUUCCUCGAUAGAUUGAUGAUAAAAUGUAAAUACUUAAUUAAUUUUAUUUUAAGGUUAUGGAAAGGGAAGGAAAUAGUAGUCUUUUGGACCACAAAUCCUUUCAUUCCUUUCCAAAACUUGAAUUUGUACAAAGUUUUAUUUUCUUAAUUUUUAUUUUCUAUAUAUAAAUGUACAUUUUUUGUAAAGUGUUUUCUUUAAUUUUGCUUUAAGGAAUUUUCCAACUUUGAUUUUUAACAACAAAUAAUCAUUCAAAAGUAACCUCAUGUAUUUCUAUUCAAAGGGAGAACAAAAAAAUGAUAUUUUCUCAAACAAAUUGGAAGAUGUUUCUUUUGAUUUUUUUGAAGUUUAUUUUUGAAAAAAGCUAAUUCAUGAAUUAAUAUAAUUUUUUGUUUUUUAAAGAAAUUAUAAUGAAUUUUAUUUUAUAUGAAUUAUUUUGUUUUACUUUAUCACAUUCAAUUCAAUUUUGAUUUAUAAAAAACAAUAAAAACCAAACACUUAACAUUAUUAGCUAUAAUAAUUAUCAUGUUAAAAAUAUUAGCUUAAGAGUUUUACAUCUAAUCAUUGUAUAUUUCAAACGACUUCCAAUUUUCUAAAAAAAAAAAAAACAAAACUCACAAGAGGCCUUAAAAAAUAAUUCUAUUGCUUUAUUAUAAUUUAUAUUAGUUUUUAGAAUUUACUAUUAAAGUUGAAUAUAAAUAUACAUUUUUAAAGAAAAAAACAAAACAAAAUAAAUUUUUAGUUUUAAUUUCUCCACAAAAUUUUGCUGUUCAUAAAUGAUUUAAAAGUAGUAUGUUUUUUAACAUUCAUUUUUUUACACUUUAUAUAAAUGUAAUUGUUACGUUAAUUUUGUUUAAGAAAGAGACAUGUAAAAUAAGUUUAAAACAUCAACAUGAAAAAACAGCUUUACUUGCAAAGAUAUUUAAAUAAUAUGCGUCGUAAUAUAAACAAAUUUCAUAUUUUGUUUAUAAACAGCAAAAUAGAUAUUUACUUUUACUACACCCAUAAAGGAAUUCAAAGAGAAAUGUUUUCGUUUUCUUUUCCAAAAGAUUUCUCUUUAAAUUCCAUAGAAAUACUCCACAACUAAAACUUGGCCAAUGUGUGGCACUUGCAUAAAAGAAGGCCUUGUUUAGUAUUUGGACUUUGAUAUAUCAUUUAUUUGAAAUAUAAUCAUCGGGUUUAUUGUGCAAUCAAUGGUGAUGGUUUUAUUAUUAACUUAAUAAUAGCAUAAUUAUAAGUUCACACAUACACAGACAAGCACACAUAAUAGCAAUUAUAAUUUUUUUUCAAAGAAACUAUUUCCCAGUUUGUAUUAGCAUUCCUUGUUGCACUUAUUUUCUUGAUAUUACCAACUGCUUUAAUUUAUUUGAUCUUUAGAUUUAUGUUCUUCCAAAAGCAUGAUCGAUCGUCGUCCAACCCACCCAAAAGUGUUGACACUAUUCUUUUUAGUUAGUUUGUAAUAUUAUUUUUUUUACUACCAUGUAGUCUUAGUAGUUUCAAUCUUUGAACACCCACCCCCACCACUUCUUACCCAACUCUCAUAAUUCUAAUUUUUACAUCAUAAUCAUACUAUUAACUAUUGGCUUUACGAAAGAAAAAAAUUCAAUUUAAUUUUAUCACCACAGAUAACCUCCUUCCAAUGGAAAACUUUUAUGUUUGUUUUGAUCUUCUUAUUAUUGAAAACAAAAAACGAAAAAGAAACACCUAUUUCAUAAGCUAUCUUUAAAAAGAACAAAAAAUGAAUUCAAUUUUAGUUUUAAUUUUCAUAGUUUUAGUUUUAUAUAAUAAUAUCAACAGUUGUUGUGAAAUCUGUAUACAAUAAUAUGCACAAAACAACGCAUAUACUGCUGAAUAAAUAAAAAUAUUUUAAAAAAGUGAAUAUUUAAAGAAAAAUAA